GUCAAAAUCAACAUCAUGCAACAGUCCCAGAUCCUGAAAAAUCUAUGCCUCAUUGUGGUUGUCAGCUCCUUGGUAGUGAUGGCCCAAGGAGUGUGCAACAGUUGCCAGGCCAACAACAAUGUGAAAUGCCUGAAUGAAACGCACUACAGCUUGUGCUCCGAGAACGUGGCGCCCAACCAGGUGCUCCAGUGUCCGGAUGACAAGGUCUGCACCGACCUGGCCAUCAUCUGCAUGGACAGCGGUGUGGUGGAGCCCUCCUGCUCGGCCACUGCCGAUGGCUCCUGCCCCACCUGCGAUGGAAACAGCAUAUUCGUCUGCACCAGUCGCACCACCUUCCAGAUGUGCGACGGCACCAAUCUCACCGGCCAGGUCACCAAGUGCAAGGACAACAAGAUCUGCUCGAUCGCAUCGGGCAAAUACUGCGUGGACCUCUGUGAAGUGGGUGACUCCGUCGAAUGCGACAGGGAGACUCCUCUAUAGAACUUUUGAAUUAGUUAUAAACACCUUUACUACCUCAUGUGUAAACAUUAUAAUAAACAAAGAUUUUUUAAACUUAA